AUGAGCUCCUACGAUAUCACAGCUGUACGAGAACGCUUCCCCGCAUUGCUCAAAAAACAAGUGUAUCUUGACAAUGCCGGUGGUAGUCAAACCCUAGGGACCGUUAUAGACAGCAUCCAUGAUUACCUCAUAAACUCCAAUGUCCAACUAGGCGGUUCAUACAAUGUGGGCAAGCAAGCAAACACAAGUUACGCUGCAGGAUACGAAGCAGCGGCAAAAUACAUCAAUGCAUCCCCAUCCAACAUUGUCCUGGGCUCCAGUACAACCCAGAAUUUCCGUAAUCUUUCCCAAGCCCUCGACUUUCCACCAGAUUCUGAGUUGAUCAUAUCAUCCAUCGAUCAUGAAUCCAAUAUCGCCUCGUGGGUGGCUCUCGCCGCUUCCCAAAAGUUCACUAUCAAAUGGUGGACUCCACCUUCAUCCAGCAACCCAAUCCUCACUCCUGAAUCACUACGUCCCCUUCUCUCCCCCAAAACCGCUCUCAUAUCUCUAACCCACGCCUCGAACAUCCUCGGCACCAUCCAUGACAUCCGUGCCAUCUCCGACCUCGUCCACACCAUUCCCUCAGCCCUCCUCUGCGUCGACGGCGUAGCCUAUGCCCCCCACCGCCCGCUCGACGUCCAAGAACUCGGUGUAGACUUCUACGCUUUCAGCUGGUACAAAGUCUACGGCCCACACAUCUCUCUUCUAUAUGCUUCUUCCUCCGCCAUCUCCUCCCUAAAAACUUUAGGUCACUACUUUAACUCUUCCACAACCCUCUCCGACAAACUCGCCCUCGCCGGCUCCAACUACGAACUCACCUCCUCAAUCCCACACGUAACCUCCUAUCUCGCCUCACAAUCCUGGGACAGCAUCCGCCUCCACGAAGAGAUCCUCCAAAAAACCCUCCUCCAAUAUCUCCUCCCAAGACCCGACAUCCAAAUCCUGGGUCAGGAAUCGUGGGAUACCAGUAAACGAGUAUCCACCAUAAGUUUUGUGGUUGAAGGAAAAGGCAGUCGAGAGGUGGUGGAGCAGGUGGAUGCGGCGAGUGAGGGGGACGUGGGGAUAAGAUGGGUGGAGGAAGUAGAACGCUUGAUUUGGAUAUUUGAUCAGGUUCUGGGGAAAGUAUAG